CAGGAUAGUGAACUUUCUUACGCUCAUCGAGAUGGGCGGUUAUUGGAGUUGAUCGACGAAGCCUGGCAGAAGGACAAGUUGCCCAACGAUGGUAGAAAGUUACAUUUAAUAGUGUCUAGCAUUUUAUAAACGUAGAAAAUUGAAGCUUAACAUGUAUGCUUUCAAGGAAAUGUCUUCAUUCAUAUAGGGGUUUAUCAUUAUUGUUAGUUACCCUACAUUUUGUGAGAACUAACCGUUUAAAAAGGUCAGCUGUGGGAUCGCGCUCGUGAAAAGCAACAAAAGUUUUGAUCCGGGGCUGGCAGCUACAUUUGUCUGACUAGCAGUGAUUGAGUAGAUAUUAUUAUACAAAGGGUAGGGUUAACCUGCGUCGCCGACAGUCUAAAUCCCUGAUAUAGAGUCAAAGACUACAUCAAUUUCUCUAUCCGGGUCUCGAGUGACAAGUCCGCGUGCAAUGCAGGCUAGGUAGGGUAUGAGGGUGCCAAGGGGAUAUAUCGGUGCCUUAAGUCAAUUAGCAGUUGAAAAAACACCCUGCUAAGUCGAUAUUUAAGGAGUGGCUUUGUCAGUUGAAUUCCAGGGUCUCCAUUAUAAAGACCUGUUGUCAUAUAUUUAAGCUAUCUAAGAUGUGGCAACUGAGAGGUGACCUCCUAUUAGGAUAGUUUGUGUUACCAUUUACCUGGUGCUUACAAAAGGAAAGAAUUGUCGCGAAUCUGUUAACUCCAUUGAUGCCCGCAUUAAUGCAUGGUUGCUAUUCUCCUGGGACCACUUGCAUAAAAGUUCGUGUCCAAUGUAGCUGCUAAUGUCUAGCUUUAAAAUUAAGGUUUUGAUUGGACUGUCCGCCGUGUUAUUUAUGCACCUGCCCCACGUUAUGUCUGUAAAACAAAGAUGUAAUGUGGGCAGACAGAGAAAUGUCACUUUAUAAUAUUAUUUUCAGAGAUUUCUGUUCCUGAAUUUGAACUUCCACCGGUUGAUGACAGUGACCGUAAGUAUUUCUGUUGACUUACUUUUGCAUUCUGUUUUUUGAGUGAAAUUAUUAGUGGAAAAUUCACGUGUUUCUGAGCAUGUAGGUGAACAGAAAAAAAAAGUUGUGACCUGUACUAUGUAGGUACCAUUUAGGGGUACUGGUUACAGCAUAGGUUCAAAGGUGUCUCAUGUGCAAGUGCUAUACCAGUAGUGCAUUCUAGUUAAAAUGCAGAGACCUAAAACCCUUUACCAAAUUAACGUUUAUUGAACUGGCAAUUGUAAUAACUGAAAAAAUGUGUUGAAACCUUGAACUGUCAAUUAUGUUUUAUUUUUUCAAAGUGAGCCAGAAAAUUCCAAUUUGGUCUGGAAAGUACCUCUGAUUACAUGAAACCACAGCCAGUUUAUGGGUUAUUGGAACUGUUCAGUUUUAUCCUCUCUAACCAAAGUUAGUUUUUAUGAUGCAAUGGGUGUCGACUCAUUGCCAGUUGUAUUGGACAUGUCAUUUUAUUGUGUAAGGAAGGGGAUAUUGGAUGUGAGUUGUGUGACAUAUGCCUCCCUCUGCAUCUUAUUGCCCUACACUUACAAAUAGUGCCCUCACGGGUUUAUUUCAGGAGAAAUUUGGUAUUUUUAGUUUACAAAAAUUUGAAACAAUAAAUUUUGCCUUCAACUUAUAGACAAUGGAAUAACAGACUCACUAAAAGAACAGGAACAAAAGUGGACAGAUCUUGGAAUUCAACAGCUACAAGAAUCACAGCAAAACAGUGGAAACUAGAGCAGCAAAUAAGCUGCUACAUUGUAUAUAAAACUUGCAAAGAGAGGAGAUCUGUGUUUCCUGAGGAAGUGGCCAGUAAAAGUCUUUUUUCCUUUUCUUUCACCCAACACAUCUGGCAAAGAAACAAUAUUAGAUUACAGGGUUUGUACAGAUUUUUGUGUCCAAAAUUCAAGACUUUUUCCAGAUUUUUUUCUAAAACGAUAACUUCUUUUUCCAGACUCAAGAUUAUCAUAUAGAGACCUUAAACAACACAGGAACAGAGC